UGACCUUGGUCGUCUCUCUGAGCCUGCUUCCUCACGGAAAAAAAAAAAAAAAAUGGAAUGAGCAAGACCCGAUUGGGUCACUGUGAGGAAAUCGCGAGACCAGGCUGGAAGGGCCCGGCCUCCGGGAGCAGCUCGCUCCGGGCGGGGGAGGAGGAGGGGGCGCGAACUUCCCGCUGCGGCCCCCCCCCCUCGCCCCCCGGAACUGGGGCGGUGCGCAGCACCCGGUCCGUUUUACAGAUACAGAAACUGAGGCCUGGGCGCGGCAGGCUACGGCCCGAGCCCAGAUCCUGACUCUGCGUCCAGUGCCCGACCCGCCCCGGGGCGCGGGCUCGAGGGGCCGGGACCUCGGGGCGCGCUCCGGGCGCUCCGGCUCGGCCCCCCGCCGCGCGCGCCGCUCCCGGGAGCGCAGAGCUCGCGGUUGUCACUUUAAAUUAAAAGGAGGGAGCGGGCGGGCGGCGAGCGCGAGGGAGCGCGCGGCGGGCUCCUGGGAGCGAGCCCGGACUGCGGCGCAGAGCCCGUCCGCCGCCCCGGCCCGGCCGAGCCCCCGGCCCGCGCCGCGCCGCGCCGAGGCUGGUGCUCCGCGACACUGCGGGGGAGCGCUGCGGCCGGCGGCCGGGAGCGCCGAGCCGGAACCGGAGCGGCGGCCCCUACACGGAGCCGGGUCACAGGCGCUGGGGCAGGCACCAUGGCCGUGGAUGUGACUGAGUACCACCUGAGCGUCAUCAAGAGCCCGCCCGGCUGGGAGGUGGGCGUCUACGCCGCGGGGGCCCUGGCCCUGCUGGGAAUCGCGGCCGUGAGCCUGUGGCGGCUCUGGACGUCCGGCAGCUUUCCCAGCCCCUCGCCGUUCCCCAACUAUGACUACCGCUACCUGCAGCAGAAGUACGGCGAGGCCUCCGCAGAGGCCAGGCGCAAGAGGAUAUCCGCCUGGAACGGCCAGCGGCCCAGCACGCGGGGACCGCCCAGCCGCAAGGGCAGCCUGAGCCUGGAGGACACCUUGGAGAGCGUGAGCGAGCUGGGGCCCCUGGAGCUAAUGGGGCGCGAGCUGGACCUGGCGCCCUACGGGCCACUGCGCAAGUCCCAGUCGGCCGACUCCCUCAACUCCAUCUCCUCUGUGAGCAACACGUUCGGGCAGGACUUCACCCUGGGCCAGGUGGAGGUGAGCAUGGACUACGCCGCCGCGUCCCACACCCUCCACGUGGCCGUGCUGCAGGGCAGGGACCUGCUGGAGCGCGAGGAAGCCAGCUUCGAGUCCUGCUUCAUGCGCGUGAGCCUGCUGCCGGACGAGCAGAUCGUGGGCAUCUCCCGGCUCCAGCGGAACGCCUACUCCAUCUUCUUCGACGAGAAGUUCUCGGUGCCGCUGGAGCCCGCCGCCCUGGAGGAGAAGAGCCUGCGGUUCUCCGUGUUCGGCAUUGACGAGGACGAGCGCAACGUGAGCACGGGCGUGGUGGAGCUGAAGCUGUCCGUGCUGGACCUCCCGCUGCAGCCCUUCAGCGGCUGGCUGUACCUGCAGGACCAGAACAAGGUCCCUGACGCUGUGGGGGAGAUCCUUCUGUCCCUCAGCUACCUCCCCACGGCCGAACGGCUCACUGUAGUCGUGGUAAAGGCCAAGAACCUCGUCUGGACCAACGACAAGACCACAGCGGACCCCUUCGUCAAAGUGUACCUGCUGCAGGAUGGGAGGAAGAUGAGCAAAAAGAAGACGGCGGUGAAGAGGGACGACCCCAACCCCGUGUUCAACGAAGCCAUGAUCUUCUCUGUGCCGGCCCUGCUGCUCCAG